UCCGAGCUUAACAACGGUCAUAGCGAUGGCAGACGCAGAUCAAGCAAAUGCAGUUCCUGCUACGGGCGAAGCUGUAACAGAAUCAGUUGAGAACACACAGCCAGAGAUUCCAGAGAAUGUGCAGAAGAUCAUAGCCAGUGAAAAAGAUGGUGAGGUACCCGCCAAAAGGCCCAAAGUAGAUUUACAGUCAUUACCCACCCGAGCAUAUUUAGACCAGACUGUUGUUCCAGUGUUACUCCAAGGAAUGUCAGUAUUGGCUAAGGAAAGGCCUCCAAAUCCUAUUGAAUUCCUUGCAGCUUAUUUAUUGAAGAACAAGAAUCAGUUUGAAUGAGAGAGUUAAUCAUCAUUGUAAAUAAACCAUGAGAUGUUUUGCUCGAUAUAACAGACUGGCAUGUCCAACAAAUUUUUAUAACACCUCUUAGAUGGACAAACAAAAAGAGUCAAGUUUGUCAUUCUCAAAUGCUAAUUGAGAAAGUAUUGACUGCUCAAAUUGGAAACUUGAAUGUUUAAGUCUUGCAGGUAUUGUCCUCUAGCAUACAUUAAGCAUUCUUUAACAAAACCUGAAAGAAAAUCAACAGACUUUUAACUACAUAUAUAAUCUUUGUAUACGGCACAUGUUACCUUCCCUUAUGUUGUCACUGUUUUAAAGUUGAAUUGCCCUGUAAUAGGAAAACUUUUUAAUGCAGUAAGUGCUCAACUAAAUGAGUAUUUGUAGGGAAUGCUUAAAGUUGAACAUUGUGUAAUGGUUGGCCCUAUUCAGUCCACUGCAAGGUGGUGCAAGGUGGGUACCCAUGGCUGACAGAAUUUGUGUGAAUGUAAUUUUAUAAUGAAUACAGACAUUUUCCCUCAAGUCUGCUCAUCUGAAUGAAUUUUAUGUACUCCCUUUCAACUCUCUUUGCAAAGGUCUCCCUUUUUGGCUGAUAGAGAUUUACAUUUGUCAAGUGUUUCAGUUUGUAUCUUAGCAAUGAAAUUUUUAUUUUUUUUUUCAAAGAUAAAUUUCAACCAUGUCGUAUCAAAAUUACUUUCAUUUGAAGUGAAGGUCACGUUGAAGUGAAGUUUUCAGUGUGUAAAUAUUGGUUAUUUAAAUUUGAUAAAAACUUAAUUUAUUUUUUUUAAGUUACUCUUAGGACCAUACUACUACUAUGUUAGUAUGACAUUGAAAGCUCUGUAUUGACGACCUGGAUAAAGCAAACCCUUUGGAAAAUUUAGAAGACAAUGAAAUGUCUCCAUCCAUACUUUAGUCAAAACUACUUCCAUACCACAAAAGAUGAGUGUAUUGGUUUUGGUUGUUUAAGUAUCAUGCUUGAUGGUUAAAUAUUCCAAAAGCAAAUGAAUUUGCAAACUUUGCACAGAAAACAUUUUUCAGUUAUGUCCCUCAACUUGAUCAAAUCCCAGUUGAGGCUUCUCAGCUAUACCAAGGGAGCAUAUCCCUAUACCAAUGUUCAGUGUUUCAGUUGCUGUAAGUACUAUGUAUAGAUUACUUCAUUGAUGUUUGGUGAGAAUUAAACAAUAUAGUAAGAGGCAUUCGCCAAGAUUAAUAUGGCAUAAUCCGAGCCAAACAUCGUGUGACUCACUGCGGAUGAAGUGUACAUUUCUGAUAAAAGGUACAUUGCAAUAUUGGGCGUCGGUAAUGCUUGUGCUCUGUGGGCCAUACUAGCCUUAUUAUUGGAGUAAUUCGCCGAGAUAAGUGGAGGAUUUCAGUAAUUGGACAGAUGGUAUGCACCUCAGGAUUUCAUCACUAUUUUCAUCUGACUACAGGAUAUAUUGUACAAGAGAGAUGCUGUACAUAUUCUAUAGAAAAUUGAAGCUGCACGUUAUGACUUGUUGGUAUUCUGAUGUAAGGUAACACUUGGAUGGUGGUGGAACUUUAACUGGUGGAACCAGGUUAAUGAAUUGACCCUAAUCCACACCUUUUCAGUAGGAUAAAUUUUGGCUAUCAUUUUGAAAUUCUUUGUUUAUUGUACAGUCAUGAGUGUCUCUUUAGGGAUCAAAUGGUGGAAGUUUUAACAUGUGAAAAAAAAUCUGUACAUUCUUAAUAAAUUUUUCUGAUAAUAUAAUUGAAUCGUCAAAACAUUUGAUCUCAUAGCAUUAUGUUCCAUAUUUAGGAAGUACAAGGAUGUCCUUGUGUCCUAGUUUUGUGUAACCUGAAGGCUACAUUUGUCUGACAAUAUUUUAUUUCCAGCGUACAAUAUGUGUAUGUUCACUUGAAUAAACAGUGGCUGUUAUUCAGCUGUUAU